UCUAUGCGAAACGGACAAAAUCCGGACGAAACCCGACGUCAGUUUCGGGUGGUGCUGUGGAGUUGGCCUCACGAAAGUAACUUUCCUCCUCGGCAUGAGCCGUUGAGCCAUUGCCCUUCCAAUUCGUCCGACUUCGCAUCUCCCUUCUCCCGAGGAGUGGCAGAGCUCGCCUCCCUCCGGUCGUCGUCCUCAUCAGCAUGAGCGGUUUCCUCGCUGUGGCCGGCAAGAUUGUCACGUUCCUGCUGUGGGUGCUCUUCCUGGUCCUGCAGACAGCCACCAAGGUUGUCGGGGGCCUACUGCAGGUCGCACCUCCAGCCGAGCCACAAGAUGAGCCGCAACCAGAAGCAGCACCAGGACCCAGAUCGCCGCCGGAUGCGAGGAACCGCGCCGGCGGCGGCCCCGCGGACCCAUACGAGCCGCGGUCACAGCUGUGGGACCUACCACCGCCCACCCACACCGCUCCGGUGACGGAUGAGUAUCACUCGUCUUCGAUCUACCGGCGGAGGGUGAGCGCCCCUCAGGCCGUUGAGGAUUUAGUGGUUUCCUCCAGCGGUUACUCUCGUUUUGCCGUGACAGCAGCGCCAGCCCCUCCGGCUCAUGCUGUCUCAGCGCCACCUGUUUCGCGGACAAUUAAGACACCGGCAGUUGCCAGUAAGCGGCCCAAGCUGGAGAGAAAGUACUCCAAGAUUGUGGACCAGUACCGCUCCUUGGAUGAGGUUAUUGAAGCAUUAGCGCAAGCUGGCCUUGAGUCUUCCAAUUUAAUCAUUGGAAUUGAUUUCACAAAAAGUAAUGAAUGGACAGGAAAGAGUUCAUUCAAUGGUAUGAGCCUGCAUCAUAUUGGUGAUGCCCCCAAUCCUUAUGAGCAGGCAAUCUCCAUCAUUGGGCAAACACUGUCAGCUUUUGAUGAGGAUAACUUAAUUCCGUGCUAUGGUUUUGGAGAUGCAUCUACACAUGACCAAGAUGUAUUUGCCUUCAAUCCUGACGAAAGACCAUGCUAUGGGUUUCAAGAGGCUUUGGCUCGAUAUAGAGAAAUUGUUCCUCAUCUUCGUCUUUCCGGUCCUACAUCAUUUUCUCCAAUAAUUGAAAUGGCCACAACCAUUGUUGAGCAAAGCGGUGGCCAAUACCAUGUUUUAGUAAUAAUCGCUGAUGGACAGGUCACACGAAGUGUUAACACUGAAUUUGGUCAAUUAAGUACCCAAGAGCAGAUGACUGUAGAUGCUAUUGUGCAAGCCAGUGAAUUUCCUUUGUCUAUAAUUCUGGUCGGAGUUGGAGAUGGUCCUUGGGAUAUGAUGAACGAAUUUGAUGACAACAUUCCUGCUAGAUCUUUUGACAAUUUCCAGUUUGUCAACUUCACUGGAAUCAUGUCAAAAAAGAUCAGUCAAAGCAACAAGGAGACAGAGUUUGCCCUUUCAGCACUCAUGGAAAUACCUUUGCAGUACAAAGCAACAUUACAGCUUGGAAUACUGGGGUGUCGACUUGCAAAGUCUCCUGAGCGAGUUCCACUUCCUCCUCCUUUUGCAAGUUAUAAUAGCACCUCAAGAGCAGCACCAUAUCGGGCAAAUAACUUUCGAAGUGUGCCUUCUAAUCUUAGGGAGGAGGCAACUUUAGAUUCAACAAUCACACUGUCAGUUACACCCCCACCAGCUGCAGAUGCUGGAGCAUCAGAACUCCAAUUGUGCCCAGUUUGCCUUGCCAAACCCCGGGAUAUGGCAUUUGGUUGUGGUCAUCAGACUUGUUCAGGGUGUGGACCGCAGGUCGCGGAUUGCCCCAUCUGUCGAAGGCCAAUUGAUACAAGAGUAAAACUAUACUAACAGCCUCACAUGCCUAACUAGGUUUGACUGAAGUACGUUGGAGUGUUUGAAGUAGAAUCUAGGGAAAAGAAAAGAACUCUGGAGUGUUGGAAGUAGAAUCCAUGGAAAAGAAAAGAACUCUGUUUGUACUGUAGCUUGUACAGUAGAGAAAAUGAAUAACAGUUGUGUACUGCUAUAUGUUACUCCUUCCGUUCUUAAAUAUAAGUUUUUAUA